GCGUCCUGCAAGUCAGAACUUCCAAGCUUUUACCAAGACCUUAUCAAGACGAGAAACGCGGUAACAGUAUAUACUAUUUACAGGUACGUUUAUAGUGCAACAUUAAUAAAUGUUCACGUAGUGUCGUACAUGAAUUAACAGGGUGUGUGUCAGAAAAGCAUGAUAGGACUUAGACUCUGAAGACUUUCAACGACUUUUUUCGUUUUUUUCUUACAAUUCAAAGACUUUUAAAGAGAUCUUAAAGACCUGCAUUUAAAUUUAAAGCCUUUAAGGAUUUCAAAUUCAAGGAUUCGAAAAUCGUUACGAAACCGUUAAUAAAUUAGUAUAGUAUAUAUUAGAGCCAUCGGUCAAAAGCGAGUCGACUUCAUCAUUAUUUUGUUUUCAUGAAAAUAUAUGUUCAUAUUUCAUUCAUAUAUUAGAAAAACACAUUUGCUAAUUCUGCUGCUUUGUUUUAUAGUUUUAUAGUGCUGUCUGAAAGUACCAUGUCUAUCUUCUGGGCAUUUUUGGCAUCUUUUCUGGUCAGUAUGUUCUCAAAAAUUGGAAGUAAUUUUUGUAGGGAGAAUAACACUAAUUAUACUAAAUAUUAAAAACCAUUAAAACACUAUGAAAUUCUAUGUAUAUAUUCUAAUAAUUAUGUUGGCUUCAAUUAUAAAAUCGUGACAGAUCGCUAACUGCGUGGCGAAUGCAGAAGAUAUUGGGGCACAAAUCUUUGAGAAAGUUAAUGUGGUAAGUGAUUUAAUUAAACUCCCAAUUUUCGUCAAAAAUAUAUUAUUUUGCUUAUAGGAUAUUUUAUCACAGUACUAUGAUUCAGAAAAAUCUAUUUAUAAAAAACUUGCAACAUUAAACAUUAAUACCAGCCAAUGUUUGUUUUGUAUAGGCUGUGGUAUAGGCAAUAGUUACCCUGGUUCCAAAGGCUCUUUGCGUGGCGAAAGAAACGAGAGGCGAGAAGGAAAAGCUUUUCAGGUCACAUCGGUUGCAAAUCCCACUUCUACGCUUGAUUAGCUAUGAUAGCUAUAAUUGGCUUACAGUAAUGUUUAUUUCCCAAACCGGUUUGACAUAUCUUUUUUACAAAUGGCCAAUCAUGCACAUGCGAGAUUCAAAUUCUGAACCUAAUCAAAGUGUAUAAAAGUGGGAUUUGCAACAGAUGUGACCACAGACUCUUCCUUCUCGCCUCUCGUUACUUUCACCUCGCAAAGAGCCUCUGGAACCAGGGUAGGUAAUAAUAUGGUUUCGAGUGCAAUUUGGAAAAAAAAUUCACGAGUGAGUUUUUCAAAGACUAUCAAAAUUGUACGAGUCCGAAGGGCGAGUGCAAUUUUAAGUCUUUGAAAAACUCACGAGUGUAUGUUUCUUAUACUAUUACUUAUUAAUAACAUACAUGAAAAAAUUAUGAAGUCACUCGUAAGAACUCCGAAAUGUUUGGUUUUUUUUUUAUCAUUUCUGCUGGAAUUUGCUGUAUCUUAUUGCCUAUCUUUGUUAUUGUUUCAUAUUUUAAACCAAUCAGAAGGCCUAAAUAGCCAAUGAAAUUUGCACUGUAUUUCAUUUUUUGGCGCUGCCUUUUGAAAAAAAUUGCACUGCUCUUUUAACCAAUCGGAAUUGAGAAAUUGUUUCAUGUAUAUUAUUAAAUAAAAAAAUAAGGAAAAUAUUUGCUUGCUUUAGCUGCAGUUUUUGAUUAAAAUUGAUAUCUAUAUUUUAAAAUAUAUACGCAGUUGCGAUGAGCGGUUCUAUUAUUCUAUUUAUUUUAUCAUGAUUUUAAGUUUAGGCACCUAAAUUUUCCUAUAGUAUAGACGAUAUGCAACGUAUUUCACAUGCUUUUCACAUACCUCGGUAACUAGACUCCCUGCGGCUAACCCUAACUCCUGGAUUUGGCCCAUGACAAAUUUCAUUCUCCCGUAACUGGAACUGUAGUUUUGAGACUUGGAUUGGCAAACCUCAAAAUGAUAGAAAAUAGCACAAGUCGGAAGCAAGCAUUUCUAUUCAAACUGAACAACUCAGACGGUAUAUAUAACAUAUAAAAACGAAAUACAAGUCGAUAAAGAGAUGAAAGGUUCAACCUCUGGUUCAAUGACUUACUGUAAUGUAUCGAUCAUUACUAGCUGCAUGAUCUUACUUAUACGUAUUGUUGGUAUAAGUAUGGUACUGUUAAACACUGUGAUAUAGGGACUAUUUAAAUUAGGUAAUUUGUGAUGAAUAAUAAAACGACUAUAGAUUAUUAAUUAUUUAACAUAAAAAACGAGAUCCAACACCAGGGCCGUAGGAGUGUGUGGGUGGUGCAACACCCCCCGCCCCCAUGAUAAUUGCUCAUGAGCAAUUUCAGGUAGAUUUUUAGGUAAAUUCAGAUAAUUUCCAGUAGAUUUUUAGGUAAAUUCGUCGUAAAGCCAGGUAAAAGCGUUAAGUUGGCUAAAUUCAGGUAAAUCUAAUCUCACACGCCCCCAAAGACAAAUUAGUCCUCGCAACGGCCCUGUCCAACACCGACUCCGUUAUAACUCAAACCCCCGCAACUUUUCGCUUAAUAAGUUCUUUGUAAGUUUGCAAGGCAAUAAAACAUAUAAUAUUUUGUUCGUGGAAACACCACGAAAAUUUAUUACUGCAAAGCUUUCGAUCCGUAAGCCCGGAUUUUCAUUCAGUGCUAAUAAUAUAUGAUUAUUAUAUUAUUAGCACUGAUGAAGAUCCGGGCUUACGGAUCGAAAGCUUUGCAGUAAUAAAUUUACGUGGUAUUUCCACAAGCAAAAUAUUUUAUUAUAUAUCAAUAGUCAAAGUCGCAUUUUUCUAGUGUUUUAUUGGUUGAGAGCAUAUCACGUGAAAGUGACGAAAUUAGGCUGUCUCCCUCGCAACAGCGCGAGAGGGAGAUAAUAUGUUGUCGACCGGCGAUCGAAUAACAAAAAAAAUCACGUGCGCCAUCACGUGAAGAUGCGACCUUUGGACAUGCCUAGUACGUAAUUAUAACUUUCGCUUUAAGUAACUGCAGUGUAGCCAGUGUUUAACAUAACGUUUUAACAAUACAAUAUUUCAUGUAUUUACGUUCAUUUGUUCUUUAAUUUGUUGUUUCUUUGACUAUUGAUAUAUAAUAAAACACUUAUUUACUGAGACCUCGGGAAAGCAGUGUGUUUUGUGGACCCUCGACCGUCGAUGUAUGGGAAACAUCCACGGUCUCGGGUCCACAAAACACACUGUUUCCCUCGGUCUCAGUAAAAAAGUGAUAACUUUUCGCAUGCUUUGAGAGUUUGAAGUUGCCGGAUUCUAUUGUAUAUUGCUUUCCAUUCAGAACGACAAAAACACGGAGAUUGUCAGAGAUGAAGAAGGCGACACUUUGCAGCAUGGACAUUACGAGGAUGAAGGACGUGAGUAUAUGUAUGCACAAUAUAUAUCGGCACAUGUGUAGGAAACUUCUAAAAAAAAUAUUUUAAAAAUAUUUUUUGUUGAAAAAUAUUUUAGGUUGCAGUUGCCAGUUGUUACGUCCGCCAGGAGUUUAAUUCAAAUAGAUUGUAAUUAAGAGGAUCUUUUGUAACACGCGCUCAAAGCUAACUGAUGAAUAAUUGUAUUUAAAUUGGCAAUAUUAUAAUAACUAUUAUUCUGUGUUUCUCAACCGCCAGAUAUAUUUAAAAAGGUAGCUAACUGUGUAAACUACAAACACGCGAACAAUACAAACAUGUGCGAUCUCAGCAAUGCAAGAAAAUGUCCUAAAGACGCGCCUCGAAGUCGAUAUUUUCGCAACGAUUUGUUUCGCUAACAAAUUGGCGGUCGGACAAGCGUGCUGGAAUUAUAAAGUCUUUCAUUCAUUCAUUCAUUCGUUCGUUCGUUCAUUCAUUCGUUCAUUCAUUCGUUCGUUCAUUCCAGAUCAAGCAUAACGAAUUUUAUCCUAUAUACAGAUACUAUGCACUGCCCUUGUGGUUCGCAUAAAAUUUUGAACGGCUGUUAUACGUUUAUGAAGAACAAGGUCACUUGGGACAAAGCUCGCGCAGAUUGUUUGAAACGUGGUGCAGACCUGGUCAUUCCUACCAGUAACACAGAAUGCAACCUUCUCAGUCAGCGUGCUUAUACCCUUGGAAUGAGUGCUCCGUGGAUUGGUGCCUUCAGGUAUCUCAAUUAUACACGGUGUAUAAGAAAGGGUUAUCUAACUUUGAUGGAUAUAGUGUAGAUGAAAAUUACAGAGUGGAAAUUUAUAUACAUUUAUUAGACUUAACCAGGAACAGAAGCUGAAAAGUGGAACUUUAGGUCCCUGACUGCAGGAAUUGAACCUGCGGCCAUGCAUGCGAUUCCGGUGCAGCGCUCUAACCAUGCAACUGAGCUACAGAGGUCAGUUUUCGAGCUCUAACGACAAGUUCAUGUAUAACUAAGGUACUGCCAUGUAUAGGUUAUAAUGCAUGGGUAUAAAUAUCAAGACUUUUGUUACAUCUCACUCGAAUGAAUAGUAUUGGAUGGGUAUUGUAGAUGGACUUUUGUCAAGUGGAAAUUUAUAUACAUUUAUUAGACCUAACCAGGAACAAAAGCGAAAAAUACAAUUUUAGGUCCCUGGCAGGAAUUGAACCUGCGGCCCUGCGAUUCUGGUGCACUGAGCAAUCUAACUUUAACAUUUUAUCGUACGGUUGUAUAAAUCAAGCACAUGCACCUACGACAACAUAGCCGAGUUAGAUAGAUAGAUAGAUAGAUUUUAUUUUGACACGCUAACUACGUCAAUUAAAAACAUUGAUUUCCACGAGUUGUUCUAGUUGUGUGCUUAAUUUACGCACUGCAACUCCUACUGUCGCAAGCAUGCGACAGUUGCAGUCAGUAGAAAAAAGGUUCUGUAGUGGAAAUUAAGUGCAUGCUUUUCAACCAUUCGAAAAUUAGUACUAAUAUUGUAUGUCAUGAUAAUAAUGGUAUAAAAUCAUUGAUAAUUUUAUUUUUGCAAGAAUUUUUCUUUUUUUUUGCAGACGACGACAUGAUGGGAAAUUCUAUAAUACCUGUGGAAAAGCAUUAAGUUUCAAACGCUGGAAUGCGGGCGAGCCAAAUAAUUCUGGGAACAAGGAAAACUGUGCCCAUAUGUAUUCGCAUGGCGCAGGAAAAGGAAAAUGGAAUGACGUCGAUUGUAACCGCGCCUAUGGAUACAUUUGCCAAUUUAGAGCACACAGAUGUGAGUUUUAACAAACAAGCCGCUCUAUUAAGCGUUAAGGUUCUUUUCCACUCAUCGCAAAAACAGCUCGCAGCGAGCAUGCGAGUCCUCGCGAGCUCGCUGGUUAAUUUCCACACUUCGUCAUCUCGUGUGACUAAUUUACGUUUUUGCAAAAUGGCGGCCGCUUUAAUUCGGCGCCUUUUGCUCUUACUUUAUUUAAGACGAUGUAGGAGAGGACGUCUCAAGUAUGUAAAACGUUAAGAUGAUAAAUAAAUAUGAUAAAUAUGAUAAAUAUAAUGUUUAAAUGAUAUUUUCGACGAAUUCCAUUGGCUACUGGUUUUCUUUGUUCGCGCGAUCAGAAAAUAUUGUUGAAAUUAUUUAACUUCGCUGCGAGUGUUUGCAAGCUCGCUGCGAGCUGUUUUUGCGAUGAGUGGAAAAGAGCCUUUAAGGCCCAUAGAGACCGGACACGAUUUGGCAACGCGACGAGAAUUUCCAAUGUUCAAUGACAUUUAACUUUAAUAUUUUUCAGUGUUUUUCAAAUAUUCGGGACCACUUAAGCAAUUUUAGCUAUUCGGUCUAAAUCCCGUUGACGGUUUUAUUUGAUUUUGAAAACUGAACAUUCGCGUCGCGUUGCCGAACGCGUCCGGUCUGUGUGGGCCUUUAUAGUCGCUGGGACUAUUGCGAUGAAAAUUGAAAGCUCUGCGUUUUACACACGGAGCUGUCAAUUUUGUGUGAGAUGCCCGCUGGAAAGUUAAAAUUUUCGGGACUUAGAGUCGAGUUUCCAUUGACAGUAUUGUCUACUGAGUUAUUUUUGAAAAGCAUUAUAGUAUAAUACAGUCGCUCGAGGUCAACGUACUUUUUAUUUUCAUAUUGAUUUCAAAUACCUCAAUAUUAAACAAAUUUUCUUACUAUGUUGUCGUGUCUGAAUAAUGAUAUAUAUUUUUUUAAAGGUGAUUAAAGCAGCAAAAUUGAAAUAAAGUCAUGAAACAUAGCUACUGUAGUAGUAGUAGUAUGGUAUAACUUGUAGGCUAUAUGCUGUAGUAAUUCAGAUAUUGUGCAGAAAAGAUGUCAUUUUUUGUAAAAAUACCUGAUUAAAUGUUUAGUUUGACAACUGUUCUGAGCAGUGUUGUAGUCCUGAAACGCUAACAAGGGGGCUUGAAACAGGAGGGAGAGGGCAUGCAGGGCCAGGUUUUCUCUCUUUAUAUUUUUAAAACGGCUGCAUGAAUCCGAGCAUGCUUUCAUGUCCUUCUGCAUUACAGCAAAAGGAAAAUUCAAUUAAGCCGGUAUAAAUGCAAGACGUUCUCAUGCAGCUUGUUUGUAUCCUCUGUAUAUAUAUAAGAAUUCUAAUGUAGCACUAGUGUAAGAUAAAGGUCCAUGAAAAAGCAUGAAAUUCCAUCAGAUAUAUUUACAUACAAACUUAGAGGAUCACGCCCAUGCAGUUCUGUAUCUCGGUCAGUGAACUCUAAUAAGACUGGAACGAUAACUCAGGUAAACAUGCCCAUACUUGCCUGAAGCCAACCGUGCAAGGAAAUUGCACUUUUAAAAGGACUAAGGAGAGUUUCGAGGAGUGGGAAUUUCAGUCAAAGUUUUAUAUUUUUGACGAAAAUGAGC